AUGUCAUUCUUAAAUUUUGAAUUAAAAUAAAACACUCGUGAUUAUGAAAAGGAUAAAUUAGGUCCUGAUAAAACUUCAAUUAUGAUAAACCCAAAAUAAGGAUCUAAUAGUGAAAUCUAAUUUUAUUCUGAAAUAAGUGUUAUAGAUAGUAAUAGGCCAGUGCAAUAGUCAAGCUUAAUAAAACCUUUAGGAUAAAUAAAAAAAGAAUCCUCAGGGAGAUAACUUAGAUUUAAUGUAAAAUUAUUUUCAAAUAAGUAUAGACUUAAUAGAAAACUGUUAAAAUUGAUUAAGUGGCCAAUAAAAUUUCUAAUUUUCGUAAAGCUAUUCAUUAGAAUGAAGAAAACAUAAAAGCUAUUUAAACAAAAUUUUGGAAUAAACUUUUAGAAGCAGCAUAUAUAUGGAGAAAAGAUAUAUUCAAUUACAAUAAAGAUAUUAUAAAUAGUUUAUUUUCUUUUGAUUCUAAAGAAUAGAAUAAUGGCGAAAUAAUUAAUUCUCAUUAAGGAAUUUUAGGACUAAAAAUAGAAGUAUUAUUGCCAUCUUAAAUCUUUGUGAAAUUAUGGGAUUUGAUAGCAAUAAUAAUAAUUGCAAUCACAUUAUGGUUUUCUUCAUUUGUAGCUACGUUUAAUUUAUUUGAAUAAAACUUUUACAGAGUAAUAAUUUACUUAUUCAUAACAUUCUUUUUUAUAGAUGCUUUUAUAAUCUGUCAUAAAGCAAUAAUUUUAUAGGGAGAAUUGAUACUAAAUAAAAGAAUAAUAAUUUAAUAAUAUAUUAGAGGUCAUGUUUAUGGUGAUAUAAUAAAUUGUUUAAUUUGGGUAAUUUAAAUAUCACAUAUUGAUGAUAUGCAUGCAAGACAACUACUUUCUUUAAUUUAAACAGUGUUUAUAAUAAUUAAAUUAUACAGUCGUUUAAAUAACUAUAUUGAUUGUUUAUAUAUGAGUGGAAGUUUGAGUGAAUUGAUAGAUUUGAUAAUCUUGAUUAAUUGUAUAUUCUUUUGUAUUCAUAUAUUUGCAUGUUAUUGGACAUACAUAGGAUUUGCAACAGAAGAUUAAGGGAUUAAUUGGUUGAUAAAGAAUUCAGUAGAAAAUAAAGGACAUUGGAUUUAAUAUAAUGUAGCAAUAUAUUGGGCAACAAUGACAAUGGUAACAGUUGGAUAUGGUGAUGUAACAGCUGGAAAUUAGUAUGAAAUUUUGUAUUCUAAUUUUGCUAUGUUUAUAAGUAGUUUAGUAUUUGCAUAUUCAAUGAAUUCAAUUGGAAUUAUAAUUAAGAAUAUUUAAGUAUCAUCAAGUUUCUAUAAGUAAUUAUUUGAUAUGUAUUCUUAGGAAAAACUUAAUUUUAAUGAAUUCUUAUAUGAAAAAUAAUCUGGUUUCAGAUUCUAUUUAAAAUAGAGUGAGAAACUUUUUGAAAUAUUAAGCAGAAAAUAAUUAAUAAGCAAAUACAUAAGAUGUAUUAUAUUUAUAUUAUAUUGAUAGAUUCAUAAUAUUAUUGAUGAUUUUCCACCUUUACUUUAAGAUGAAUUAAAAUAAGAUAUUAAAUUAAGAAUACUCAAAUAAAUUAAAUUAUUUGAUAUCUUUUCUGAGAAAAUUAAAUAUGCUGCUGCUAAUAAAUUAGAAUAUGGUUCAUGUAUUCCUAAUGAUAUAUUAUUUGAUCAUUAGAUAAAUAAUGAUAAUUCUCUGUAAGAUUAUAUUUAAUAAAUAAAGAUAUUUUAUAGAAAAAGGAGAGGUAAUCAUUUAAGAGAGUGUGACAAAAAAAUAAUUAGAAACAUUUAAAUCUGGAUCUUAUUUUGGUUAAUAUUAGUUUUUUACUAAUUGUUCAUUACCAAUAAGAGCAGUGAGUUAGACUUUUACAUAGAUAUAUAAGAUAUCUAGAAAUGAUUUUUUAAAAGUAUUGAAUACUAGUUCAAUUGAUUUUGAAACUUAUCAUAAUAUAAAAGAUAAGUUGCUCCAUGGAAAGGAAAUGAGCAUUAUAAAUUAGAAAUGUAAUAUUUGUUCUUCAUUUACUCAUAUCAAUGUGUUUUGUCCUAAAAUUAGUUAUCAACCAGAUUUAGAAAGAUUAAUUAAGGCAGAGUAUUUUGUAAAAUAAGAAAGGAAAUUGAUUACUCGAAUAGAUAGAUAAAAAAUCAAUUCUUUAGGGGAUUAUGAGAAUAUUGUGACUUCAGUAACUUAAUAUUAAUAAUAACAAUUUAAUAUGUAAUCAUAAAACAAUUAUGAGAAAAUGUCUUAAGAUUAUAGUGAUAGUUAAAUAAAUUAAAAUAAUAAACAUAAUUAACCAAAUUAACCUAGUUUAUAACAUUUAGCUCCCUAGUAAUGUGAAAAAUAAUAAUGUAAUUUAAUUAUAUUAUCUUAGAAAUUUUAGUAACUUAAUAUUCUUUAGGAUCAUAGAUGCAAAAAUAACAUUCAAAAUAAUUAUUUUAUUAAAAAUCUAGAGAAAUUUAAAAUAAUGAAUAAACUAUUGAUAUAGAAAAUGUUGUUAUUGCUGGACCAACAAUAUAAGUUUAAAAAUUUGCAACUAAAUAUGCAUUUUAAACUUCUGAUUUAGUUGAAGAUUAAUUAUAAGUUCAUUAUUGUGAUAUUGAUAUUGCCUUAAAAUCAUAGAUAUAUUUACCAUAAAAUCAUAUUUCAGUGGUUAUUGCUUAAAAUAAUUAAAGGCGUAAUAAAAUAUAAUAAUAAUAAUGGCCUUUAAAUUAUAAAUAUACAUUCCUAUAUUCAGUAGCUCGAUUUUGUAAAUUAGAGAAAGUAAGUCAAAAUAAUCUAAAAAAAAAAAGAUUUGUUAUGAAGAACAUAUAAAAAAAAGAAAAAUAGUGA